GAUACUGAGAAAAGUAUUGCAAUAUUGGCAGUCAAAGUCAUAGUCAUUCCCUCACCAUGAACGCCGCCGCAGCAUCAUUGAGGAUACCAAUGACCAAAGGUAACUUUGCUUGUGUCCGAUGCUCCGAGCGGAAGGUCGGGUGCGAUAGAAAGAAUCCGUGUGGUGCCUGCGUCAGACACAAUGUGCCAUGUAUUGUCCGUCCACCCAAGCCGCCUCGAAGGAAACAAGGACCCUCAAAGGAAAAGCUAGUACUCGAACGGUUAAAGCGCUAUGAAGCGUUGCUUCAAGAGAAAGGCAUCGAUCCCCACCAAGUCGCUGGUGGUUCGGAGCCCGAGACCCCUUCCGAAAGUAACAGUCUAACGGAGUCUGAGACGGUGUGGAGGUUGCCAAUGCAGGCGACCAUUUUUAAACCCAGGCUAGUACAUAGACAGAGUGGCACAGAGCUUGUGGACAACAACUUGUGGUCGAGGGUGGCAGAAGAGAUCCACGAUGAUGAAGCCACUCUGGGAGACGACUCGGAGAACGAUGGAAGUGAUGGCGAAGCGUCUGAUGAUGACUUUUCCUUUGUUCUAGGCUCGAAGAGCCCCAUUACUACACCCCCCUCGCACCCACCUGCUGAAAUAAUUCGUCAAUUAUGGCAGACUUUCAUUGAAAAUGUCAACCCUCUCAUGAAAGUAGUGCACAUACCAAGUUUACAGAUUGCGAUGGAUAAAGCAAUCAGCAAUAUCGAGAAUAUUCCCAGAGGCUUCGAAGCGCUCAUGUUCGCCAUUUACCAUAUAGCCAUUAUUUCGCUAACGGAUGACGAGUGCAAAGAAGUUACGGGAGAGACUCGAGCGAUACUGCUGCGCCGUUACCUGGCCGCCACAAAAGCUGCAUUGUCGCGGGCAAGGUUUAUGAGCACGUCCAGCAUUGUUGUUUUGCAGGCACUGGCAAUUCAUCUUAUUUCAAUCCGCGAUAUCUACGAACCACGUGCUGUGUGGAACCUCACUGGGGUUGCCAUACGCAUUGCAGAAGGUAUGGGCAUGCGCAUUGAUGGUAAAUUGUUGGGCUUAUCACCCUUUGAAACCGAGAUUCGUCGACGUCUCUGGUGGCAGCUCAAGUUGCACGACUCCCGGGCAGCAGAACUUUGCGGCCAGGCCAAGUUUCAAGAUUUUGCACUCAACAAUACUUCCCCAAAGAAACCCGCCAACGUCAAUGACGCCGAUCUCUAUCCGUCAAUGGUGCAAGCUCCCGAAGAAUCAAUUAGGCCUACAGAGAUGCUAUGGUGUAUGUUUAGGACUGAGCUAGCUGGUUUCGAUUCUGCUCAGAUAGCCCGAAUGCCUAAACUAGACCAGGCUAUGUUCACAAACCACGAAUAUGCUGCCAUGGAUGGUGUGAAAGUAAAGGAGAAUUCUAUGGAAGGGCUGAUAGAUGAUCUUGAGACUAAGUACCUCCGAUUCUGCGAUCCUUCUCAGCCACUACAGCUCAUGGUUCUGUUUGGCGCUCGGUGCGCAACGAACAUUAUCCGAUUCAUGACCUACCACCCGCGGAAAUGGGUCAACAACCAAGACCAGGUCCCAGCAUCUGAACAAAAGCUGGUCUGGGAUAUCGUUCUUCAGCUCCUAGAGCAGUACAACCAGAUGCAGUCAAAUCCACAACUUCGCCGCUUUGCUUGGAAUGUCCCAUACUUCAUCCAAUGGCACGCUGUUAUCCAUGUCCUUGACUCUCUCCGAGCAAAACCCCUCCAUGUAGACGCUUGGAAAGCUUGGGGGCUCGUUAAUACCCUGUACGAAACAAAUUUGGAAAUGUGUCUUAGCACCAAGAAAGCGAUGUUCGUGGCAAUCGGUAGUCUCUGUCUAAAAGCAUUCGAUGCCCGCGAGGCCGCCAUGGCGAAGGACAAUAAGAGCGUCUCUAAUACACCUAAAUACAUCAUCAGGCUCCGUGAGCAACGAGAAGAGGCCAGGGCACGGCGAGAAGCAGCAGUCUUAAGAAACAAACAGCGAGAGGCUCAGAACGGCGAAAAGCAAUCAACGCCAAUGGAUGCUGGCACAACAUGGCAGGAUGUGAAUCAUAGCCCAGAAAAUGCCCGGGUUGAAGCACAGGCACAGCAAAAUCCAACGGCAACGCAGGCAGCGAACACCGUGCAAAGUGGCGCUCGCACAGGAGAUGAUGCAUUCUGGCUUAAUGAUGCUGCGAAUGGCGACAUCUGCGCCUGUGGAUCAGCCGACCCGAUGAAUCUAGAUUCAAAUAAUAUUUUGGCCCAAGACUACUGGUUUGAUACUCCCAGCGGCGAGGUCAUCGACUGGGCAAAGUGGGAUACCUGGCUUGGCAAUAAUGAUCCUGUACGUCCGAGUUUUGCCUCAUGACCUAGGCGACGAUUUGCUUGGAUGGUAGAAUGUUGGUACAAAGUCACGGUUUAUCCCACUCUAGAGGCGUCUUGAGAUGUCUAGACCAUGGGGUGAGACUUGUCGGUGUCAUAUGUCCGACGUCCGGCAGUAGAAGGCCAGGCGCAUUAUGAGUCGGGUAUGUAAUAGUAGUAGCUAUAGUAAGAAUAGCCCAUCUUCGGCACACGAUAAUUAUCACAUUCAUAAGCCAC